CAGACCCAAUACCCAGCCGAGUAGCAGAGGAAUUAGCAAGCAAGCUUUAGCAAUGGCAGCUCGCCAAGGCAGCAGGAGGACAAGGGCAGAUCAGUGGCUGUUUGGUGGGAGGUGGAGGGGAACCGUGAAGGAGACGAGGCAUCCCAUUGUCCCUGAGACCAAGCCGCCCCCAAAUCCCACCCCCGUUGUUGUUCAGAAGGACGAAGGCAUCUGCCUUGAGAAGUCUAGAGUGCAUGUCAUGCCUGGUCUGGGGCAGAGAGAGAUCGUCGACGUUGCGCCCGGAAGGAGAUCCAUGCCGGAGAUGGAGAUCAACAUGAAAGAAGUCGUCGCGGUGCUCGGGGUGAAGGUCAUGGCUGCAGACAUGCCGCCAUUCAUGCAGCUGCAUGCCUUCCGGUGCGCUAAGCGUUCCCAUGACAACUUGGACAAGUUCAGCUCAAGGCAGCUGGCCCAUGAUGUGAAGAAGGAGUUCGAUAAAGUGUAUGGGCCUACGUGGCACUGCAUCGUUGGUACGAGCUACGGUUCCUUCGUGACACAUUCCAGAGGCUGUUUCCUCUACUUCUCCAUGGACAAAAUCAUAGUGAUGCUGUUCAAGACCAAGAUAAGGAAAGUGAUGGCAUCCUGAGCUUUUCGUGUCCAUCAAUCAUGAAGGGUUUGGUCAGUCCAGCUUCUCUAUGAUACUGACACUUGUAAAAUAUUGAGGUUUAGAUUGGAGCUGAAGAGCUAACUUGAAUCAUUGUUGUUUGUGAGUAGCAACUUGCUACUGAACGGUGAACAUGGGGCCGUACUGCGGCGCUGUUGUUGUAGACUAAAUUAACAGUUCAAAGCAAUGAUGAAGUGUUUGCAUCGGUGUAGUGUAUACUUUGCUGAGGGACACCUCUGGCCUGGCAAGCUGCAUCAGCGAUCACGGUCAAGGUCACGUUGUAAGAUUCCUGAUUGGCAGAGAUCUGUUUGCCAUAGGGAGGGCCAUUACAAGGACUGACAUGGUCACGUCACGCCGUGGACCAAAAUCAAAAUGUUUGGCUUUCGCAUCAUGUUUGUAAUUGUGGUCUGGCAUAUUGCUAUACUUUUUUUCAUAUAAAUAUGAAGCUGUGGAUCGUGCUAGGAUUUUUUUUUUCA